UUUUAUAAACAAUACUAAUAAUUUUCAAAACUAUAUAAUAAAAGUAGUAGCAUUCUACAUCUUUAAUGAGUUGUUUUAAACCAUGCUUGUCUUGUUUCUUUGAUUGAUUGCUUCAGCUCAUAUUUCAAUGUCGGCUUCUCACAUAAAGCAAAGGAAAUAAAAACAUAAAAAUAAUCAAAAGUUGUCUUCCUUUUCUUCUGAUUUCCCGGCGACAAGUCAGACAUCACCCUCCUACCUUAUUCCUCUCAAACCUGCUUUUUUCUACUUCCCCAUUUUCUGCUUCUGCUUUUUUUUUUAAGUUCAUUCAUAUUCUGUCUUAAAGAUUUUAGCUUGUUGGGCACCCUUGGUUUCACUUAUUUUAGUUGCAAAGUUGUGGUUUUUAGCUUUUUUGAGGUUUUGAAGAUUGAAGAUUCAGAGAUGAAACUUGAGCUGGUUUUUUUUAGUUGUUGAAAUUUGGAGCAAAAAAAUAAUUGAUUAGUGGCAUUUUUUGGGGGAAAAAGUGAAACUUUUUGGUUAUGUUGUUAUGUUAUUGGAUGACUUUGUGGUAAGAAUCAAAAGGGGUUAUUUUUUGAGGAAGUGUUGUUGCUGCUGCUAUUUUUGGAGGAUGUGUUGAAGUUUAAGAUUUUGAUAUUGUGGAAUACUUGAGGAACAAGGUGAAAUCUUGUUGCUAAGAAAAAGACCAAUUUUUGAACCUUUUUUGAGGUUAUAAUGAAGGCUCCUUCUAAUGGUUACUUGGCUAAUUCUGGUGAAGGUGAAAGGAAGGCCAUCAAUUCAGAGUUAUGGCAUGCUUGUGCCGGGCCAUUGGUUUCUAUACCGCCUGUUGGAAGCCUUGUUGUUUACUUUCCUCAAGGACAUAGUGAACAAGUUGCAGCAUCUAUGCAAAAGGAAGCAGACAUCAUACCAAGUUACCCUAACCUUCCAUCCAAGUUGAUCUGCAUGCUUCACAAUGUUGCCCUGCAUGCUGACCCUGAAACCGACGAGGUCUAUGCACAGAUGACGCUUCAACCUGUAAAUAAAUAUGACAAGGAAGCAAUGCUGGCUUCAGACAUGGGUCUCAAACAAAACCAACAACCCUCAGAAUUCUUUUGCAAAACUCUAACUGCUAGUGACACUAGCACUCACGGUGGAUUUUCAGUGCCUCGUAGAGCUGCUGAGAAAAUAUUCCCACCUCUGGACUUCUCAAUGCAACCGCCAGCUCAGGAAAUAGUUGCCAAAGAUUUGCAUGACACUACAUGGACAUUUAGACAUAUUUAUCGCGGACAACCAAAGAGGCAUCUAUUGACUACUGGUUGGAGCGUCUUUGUUAGCACAAAAAGGCUCUUUGCUGGAGAUUCUGUUCUUUUUAUCAGAGAUGAAAAGCAGCAACUUCUCUUAGGUAUAAAGAGAUCCAGUAGACAGCAACCAGCACUAUCUUCAUCGGUAAUAUCAAGUGACAGCAUGCAUAUCGGGAUUCUUGCUGCUGCGGCUCAUGCUGCUUCGAAUAACAGUCCAUUUACUAUAUUUUAUAAUCCAAGGACUAGCCCCUGUGAAUUUGUGAUUCCAUUGGCCAAGUAUAAUAAAGCUCUGUACACUCAUGUUUCCCUUGGAAUGAGAUUCAGAAUGAUGUUUGAGACAGAGGAUUCAGGAGUACGCAGAUAUAUGGGCACAAUCACUGGGAUCAGUGACUUGGAUCCUGUCCGCUGGAAAAAUUCACAAUGGCGCAAUCUUCAGGUUGGAUGGGACGAAUCAACAGCUGGUGAGCGCCCAAGUAGAGUUUCAAUUUGGGACAUUGAACCAGUUGUGACUCCUUUCUACAUUUGUCCACCUCCGUUUUUUAGGCCAAAGUUCCCGAAGCAACCAGGAAUGCCAGAAGAUGAGUCUGAAAUUGAAAAUGCAUUCAAGAGAGCUAUGCCAUGGCUUGGAGAUGAACUCGGCAUGAAGGAUACCUCAAGUUCAGUCUUCCCUGGUUUGAGUUUAGUACAAUGGAUGAGUAUGCAGCAGAAUAAUAAUCAGUUUUCCGCUGCUCAAUCUGGGCUUUUACCUCCAUCCAUGCUUUCGUCAAAUGCAAUGCAUGGUAACCUUAACACCGAUGACCCAUCCAAGAUACUGAACUUUCAAUCCCCUGCUGCGCUCUCUGCUCCAAGUCUUCAAUUUAAUAAACCUAAUUUACCGAACCAAGUCAAUCAAUUGCAACAGCCCCCGGCCUCGUGGUCUCAGCAACAGCAACAGCAGCAGAAGAUGCAGUCAUUGUUGCCAAUGCCGUUAAACCAGCUGCAGCAGCAGCAGCAGAGGCAGCAGCAGCUGGCUGGAUCACAAAAUCUGCCGCAGCCACAGCAACAACAGCCUCAACUAACUCAACAGAGUCCGCAGCAGCCUCAACAGCAGCAACAACACCAACAGCCGUGUCAAAAUACGACUAUGAAUAACGGCACAAUUGGUUCUAACCAGAUUCCAAAUCAGUGUGUACAGCAACCAGUAACCUACUCUCAGCUUCAGCAACAGUUACUCUCAGGAAGUAUGCAAUCCCAACAAAAUUUACAAUCAGCUGGCAAGAAUGGAUUGAUGAUGACAUCCUUACCACAAGACUCGCAAUUCCAGCAACAAAUAGACCAACAACAAGCUGGUCUCUUACAGCGGCAGCAGCAACAGAAUCAGUUGCAGCAAUCUUCGUUACAGUUAUUGCAACAAAGCAUGUUGCAAAGGGGACCACAACAACCACAAAUGUCUCAAACUGUGCCGCAAAACAUCUCAGACCAACAGCAACAGUUGCAGUUGUUACAGAAGUUGCAACAGCAGCAACAACAACAACAGCAGCAACAACCACUUUCCACAUCUUCCCAACUUUUGCAGUCUCAGCUUCUGCCACAACAAAGCCAGCAAAUGCCUCAGCAGCCUAUGUCCCAGCAUCAGCCCCAACAGCUCGGAAACAAUGCAUUCUCAAUGGAGAAGCUUCUCAACAACAAUUACUCUUCUUCACCUCUCAUGCAUCCGCAGCAGCUCCCUGUGAACCAUCUCCAGAAUACACAAAAAUCACCAACGAACACUAGAGCCCCUUCUGCUUUUACAGAUGGAGAUGCCCCAUCAUGCUCAACUUCGCCGUCUACUAAUAACUGUCAGACAUCACCUCCAAACCCUCUGAAAAGAAAUCAACCAGACACAUUUGGCGGGCCUUCAAUGGUUGAAACCACGAAUAAUCUGAUGCAGGAGCUUCAAAGUAAGUCUGAUAUGCAGAGCAAACAUGAAUUACACGGCGUUAAAGGACCCGACAAGCAAAAGCACAAAGGUGCAAUCAAUGAUCAUAUGGAAGCUUCUUCCGGAACAUCGUAUGGUAUUGAUCCUGGUAACAUCCACCAGAACUUCCCACUUUCUAACUUCUACAUGGAUGGUGAUGUACACUCGCAACAACCAAGAAGUAAUAUACCAUUUGCUUCUAACCUUGAUGGAUUAACACCUGAUCCUUUGCUCUCAAGAGGGUAUGAUUCUCAAAAAGAUCUUCAAAACUUGUUAUCUAAUUAUGGCGGUGCUCCUAGAGACAUUGAAACCGAGCUGUCCACUGCUGAUAUUAGUUCACAGUCGUUUGGUGUACCAAACAUGUCUUUCAAGCCAGGAUGCUCAAAUGAAAUUCCUAUUGCCGAUACCGGAGUUUUGAAUAAUGGGCUAUGGUCUAACCAAAAUCAACGAAUGCGAACAUAUACUAAGGUUCAAAAAUGUGGCUCAGUCGGAAGAUGUAUUGAUGUCACCCGUUACAAAGGGUAUGAAGAACUCCGGAAUGAUUUGGCUCGUAUGUUUGGUAUCGAAGGACAGCUAGAAGAUCCUGUAAGGGUUGACUGGAAACUAGUGUAUGUGGAUCACGAAAACGACAUUCUUCUUGUCGGUGACGACCCUUGGGAAGAAUUUGUAAACUGUGUCCAAAGCAUAAAGAUACUAUCAUCUGCUGAGGUACAACAAAUGAGCUUGGAAGGGGACUUAGGUUAUAAUAUUCCAAUCACCAAUCAAGCUUGUAGUGGAUCAGAAAGUGGCAAUGCAUGGAGAGCACAGUAUGAUGAUAACUCUGCAGCUUCAUUUAAUCGAUAA